AUUUAUUAUAAAUGAAUCGCUAUGAUUACUUUAAUCCAUUAGAGUCAGAAUCUAAUUCUAGUGAUCUCUAAUAUGAUAAAGAAGAUGAGGAAGAUAAGAAAUUUUAAGGUCAGACUAUGAAAAAACAAAAAGGAAAUACUAAGAAUACAUAUAUUAAUAAAAUCUCAUCCCUUAUAAGGAUAGCAAAUCCAGAAUUAAUAGAAGAGAAGUAUAUUAAAUAAUAUACUAAUAGAGGAGGAAAAAAAUAAGUUUAAGCGAAAUCCACAAAUCAACUCUUAGGAUCUAAUAUUGAUAAAGAAGACAAGCUUAAAAAAAAUAGAGAAUCUGCAAGAAAUAGCAGAAAAAGAAAGAAAAUUUAUUUAGAAUUAUUAGAAAAUAAAGUUUCAGUAUUACAAGAAUAAUUGGAGAGUUUUUAAAAAGUGAAUGAUUUAACAGCUGAUUUGGCAUUAAAUUUACAANUACUCUUUUUGUUAAUUCUGAUCUAAUUCUGA